CGGCUGAGAAUUACGAGUCGGGCCAUCAGUAAAAUUAUUGCAAAAUUCAGAAGAAACAUAGCUCACAAAAGAUACCUCGCUAAAUUCAAAGUUGCGGACAAAAACCCUGGUGGUGUCUACUAAAGGCACGUACCCAAUCGGGCUACACAAAGCACGCUGCAUCAGCUGUUCCGGAAGUCUAACCGCACUCGCAACAUGGCGACGCCGACAAGCCAAUCGUCGCGACACAUAAUUGGCAUUUGCUCCACAGUCGUGUAGCAGACUCCCCUGCAGGGCAGAUUUCGUCGAAAUUAGGCUAGGCAACAAAGUUCGGCAGGGUUUGACGUAGAUUAUUUUUAUUGAAAAAUCGUCAGCGCUGGUCGCAAGCCGGAGCCAAAAUGCCGCCGAAGAAGGCUUCUUCUGCCGCGCCGAGCAAAAAGACGGAGCAAAAAAAGAAGGAGAAGGUGAUCGAGGAUAAAACCUUUGGUAUCAAAAAUAAGAAGGGAGCCAAGCAGCAAAAGUUUAUUCAACAAGUCGAGAAACAAGUCAAAUCUGGAGGUCUCCAUCCGAAGAAGGCAGAGGAUCCGAAGAAGCUUGAGAAAGAGAAGAAGCUGAAGGAGCAGCAGGAGUUGGCUUUACUUUUCAAACCUGUCCAGACGCAGAAAAUCGAAAAAGGAACCGAUCCAAAAUCCGUUGUUUGUGCUUUCUUCAAGCAGGGACAAUGUACAAAGGGAGACAAGUGCAAGUUCUCGCACGAUUUGACUGUAGAAAGGAAGGCAGAGAAGAGGUCACUCUACUGCGAUAUGGAGAAGGAUGCGGACAAGGAGGCUGAUAAUAUGGAUGACUGGGAUGAGGAGAAGCUCAAGCAGGUCGUGGAGAAGAAGCAUGGAAGUGGUGGAAAUAGACCUACUACUGAUAUUAUCUGCAAGCACUUCUUGGAGGCAGUAGAAAAGUCCAAGUAUGGUUGGUUCUGGGAAUGUCCAUCUGGUCAGAAGUGUAUUUACCGCCAUGCGUUGCCUCCUGGUUUUGUACUGAAGAAAGAUCUUAAGAAGGAGGAAAAGAAAGAUGAGAUUUCGUUGGAAGAUCUCAUUGAGAGAGAAAGAGCCAAUCUAGGACCGAAUCAAACCAAGAUAACAUUGGAGACCUUCUUGGCUUGGAAGAAGAGGAAACUAAAGGAGAAACAACAAAAGGCCAUCAAGGAUGAAGAAAAGAAACGAAAUGACCUCAAGGCUGGACGCCAAGUCGGUAUUUCUGGACGAGAAAUGUUCUACUUCAAUCCUGAUCUUGCAACUGGAGAUGGUGCUGACGAUGGCGAUGAAGCUAUCGCCAAUUACGAUCGCGAAGAAGGCGAAGAAGAGGAUGCACAGUACCGAGAAUUAGACUUAAAUGAACUUGUGCUAGAAGCUAGUCAAGUUGAUACCACUGGAAUUUGUACCGUCGCGAAAGAUCGAUCGAAAGAUCUGGCUCAACCUUCCCAGUCAAAUGACGCUAGUAAUAGUGAAAGUCCUGUAUCGUCUGCAGACCAAGCAACAGCUUUAACUAUCAAUGAGAACCUCUUCAUGGAAGAAGACCUGGAAGGCAUUGAAGAAGAAUUAGGGGACCUGGAUUUGGAGGAGUGAUCCAGGCCUCCCCAAUUUCUGUUCUCCUCUCUGUCCUUAACUGGUCAAUUUCAAGCAACUGUUGAUCUUUCAUCACAUUUUGAAAAACUCAAGACUCUUGCGUUAUUUUUCUGUUUAGAGUGUGCAAUUUUUAUACAUGGUACUUUGCACUCAUACCUACCACUCAACAGCUACUUCAAGAUACUUCUUGUGCAAAUAAACGCUUCAAACUAGAAAUAAAUACUGAUUUUCAGUGAUCUAUUUUUUACAUUGGUUCUGAGAUUCUUGACUGCAUAUUAUUCUACAUUAUUAUCCAAUUAUUAAUAUUUAUAUAAUUAAAAUUUUUUUAAGUAAUAUUUAAUGUCACUUUUGUUAGGAUGUUAUUUUAUUCUAAAAAUAAAUUUUGAUAUCAACAAAUAACUCGAAUUAUAAGUAAAAUCUUAAAUAAAAAAAUCCAUAAUAGUUUUAAAAAA